UCGAUCGAUUCGGUGAUAGGGUUUAUUCAAUCUCGCGAGCAAGCGAGAGAGAGAGAGGAUUCGUUUCCCCCUUCCGUAUCCAAAUCCUCGUCAAGUUUCCUCCUCGUUCUUUCAGCUCGUCAGGCAAUGGCUUCGAAUCCGGUCAAGGACGCUCCUUCCGAUGAGAAGGUUGAAGUCAAAGCAAAUAAGCCUUCUGCAUCUGAGUCGUCUGAGGGGCAGGCACAAUCAGGUCAAGGCGUGGCUUCUCCUCUGCCAGGAGUUGAUUUUGGUGCAGCCAAUCCAUUUGACUUCUCAUCUAUGUCCAGCCUGCUCAAUGAUCCUAGCAUCAAGGAUUUAGCUGAACAGAUAGCAAAGGACCCUGCAUUUAACCAAAUGGCAGAGCAGCUUCAGAAGACUUUUCAAGGUGUAGCUGAAGAUGAUGGUGUUCCUCAGUUUGAUAGUCAACAGUACAUGUCCACCAUCCAACAAGUCAUGGAUAAUCCCGACUUCAUGUCCAUGGCCGAGCGGCUUGGUACUGUACUGAUGCAGGAUCCUGCCAUGUCUAGCAUGCUUGAGAAUUUUUCGAAUCCAGCACAAAAAGAGCAAAUUGAGGAACGGAUGGCACGCAUCAAGGACGAUCCAUCCUUGAAGCAUAUUUUGGAAGAAAUAGAGAAGGGGGGUCCUCCUGCCAUGAUGAGGUACUGGAACGAUAAAGAUGUUCUGCAGAAGCUGGGUGAAGCAAUGGGUCUCGCGGUUACGGGAGAAGCAGCAACUUCUGCUCAAAGUUCUGUUCCAGACGAAGAAGAUGAUUCAGGAAAUGAGGAUGAGCCUAUAGUUCACCAAACUGCUAGUGCUGGUGAUGUGGAGGGUUUGAAGAAAGCACUUGCUUCUGGUGCUGAUAAGGAUGAAGUAGAUACUGAAGGAAGAACAGCGUUGCAUUUCGCAUGUGGAUAUGGAGAGGAUGAGUGUGCUCUGGUCCUCCUUAAAGCAGGAGCGGGAGUGGAUGCUCUGGAUAAGAACAAAAACACUGCUCUCCACUAUGCGGCUGGCUAUGGGAGGAAAGAGUGCGUGAAACUUCUGUUGAAGAAUGGUGCUGCUGUAACCCUGCAGAACAUGGAUGGCAAGACUCCUAUUGAUGUCGCAAAGCUGAACAACCAGCACGAGGUACUAGAGCUGCUCGAGAAGGAUGCUUUCCUGUAAAAAACAACACAUUUUCGCAGCGACGUGGUGUGCUUGGUUUCAGUACAUGUCGCUUUCCGGGAUCCUUGUAGCUGUUGUUCAGCAUGAGGGUUCCUUUCCUCCAUAUAUUGAGGUCAUCUUUGCAGUCUUCUAUUGUCUAAAAUCCAAUCACAAUCUUAUAUGCCGCAGCUAGUAAACAAUGUUUCCAUAGGAUGAUUUGUGGGUGGUGGGUUUUUUGGGACGAUGCAGUGUUGUUGGUGCCUUUAUUUUUCACCUGGCAAGCGUGGGCAAUGAUGCAAUAAUGUUUACCC